AUAUACACGUUGCUCGCAACUCGUUAGUAGUAGGUCCAGGCACAAUGGAACGGAAUGCGGUGUAACGCGCGUCGGGUGGCAGACAUGUUGUGCUGUCCCAGUUUCAAGUACCAACUCCGCAAGCCGCGUCUCGAUUUCAGUCCACAGUAUUCGAGGGAAGUUAAAAUCGCACAUAAGGAGGAAGCGAGGCCGGCUCAUGUAGCUUCUGGCAUGCGGCUACCAAUCGACUUCGCGGGCUGCGAUGAGCUGCACCCACAAACAAUUCACCCUGUCUUGUAUGGAUCGAGUACCAUAGCUGCUCGCACAGACCAUCUUCGCUGCGGUAGGUGUGCCAGUCUUCCGUACAACGAGCACCGAAUGCACACCGCCUCGAUCGUUUGAUAGUCUGUCGCACCGGAAGCAC